AUGACACCAGCCAAAGCCUUACUUACCCCACUGCAUGUCGUCUCGAGUUCCAUCACCAUCACAACUUUCAGACAAGCCAGUGUGUUCUCGAAAUCCAGCCGUCGGAAAGCGGACCAUCAUGCUCCACAGAUCAUGCUCCACUUCCCCGGAUUCUCAGCCUGGGCUUCUGGCGCUUCUUGUGCUCAGCGCCACGGGCCUGGUGUCGAUUGUGGCGUUUACGCGAGACGCGGGCGUGAUUGGACGGUGAGGUUGAAAGGGUCUUGCUGGAGUCUAGGCCAAAGUCCUCUCAUGACCUUACGCUCUCAACUACUCCUAAUAGUAGUAGCCCUGGAGAAUCCCACAGCAUUCACAUGA